GUCAACAUAAUAACUGGGGAUCAGUCAAUAUAACUUCCAAUAAUCAGCUUUUAUAACUAUUGAUUAGAUUCUCUCGCAGCUAAAGCCGCAGGUCUAUGUAAGCCAGUGUGAUGGCAUUUCAUAAUAACUCAACUUUAACACCAAACACCCACUCAUCACUCUGUGUGUGAGGGAGAGGAGAGAUGAUGUUAUGAUCAACCUGACUAGCAUCAUCAGCUAGCUCCGCCUGCGGGCUAGCUCUGUUAGCAUCUGUUAGCAUCUGUUAGCGAGCUAGCUUCAGCUGUGUUUUGUUGUAUUGAUGUUAUUCUUUAUCUGGAAUCCACGAAUAACAAUGUUGUGCUUCAAAUAGUCAGCGAGGCUCCAUAUGAGAGUAGAAAGAGCUCAACAUAUCAAAGUUUUGUGUGACCAUGGAUCCGACCUGCAGUGCUUCUGCUGCUCCGGCUGGUCUGACUGUCCAGGUGUGUUUCCCCGGUGCCCGUGCUGCUGUUUUGGACAAUCUGAACCGCCAGCGAGAAGAGGGGCGUCUGUGUGACCUCUCCAUCCAGGUGCAAGGGCAAGUGUUCAGGGCCCACCGCUGUGUGCUCGCUGCAUCCUCGCCUUACUUUCAUGACCAGGUGUUGCUGAAGAACGUAACAACGGUUUCUCUACCCUCAGUUAUGGACCCAGUGGCCUUUGAGAGUGUCCUGAGUUCUGCCUACACAGGCCAGCUGAGCAUCGUGCAUGAUGACAUCGUUAACUAUGUCACUGUGGCCAGUUUCCUCCAGAUGUGGCACAUCGUGGACAAAUGCACAGAGAUCCUGAAGAGGCCCCGGCCCUCGCCAGAAGUCACCCCUGGAGAGGCCGCUGUAGCUCACCCUGGCACUGCAUCUCGCCAGCAGUCCCCGAGCAGCACAGACUGUUUAUAUGUGGAAAGGGAGGGGAGAAGGAAGGAGAGGAAACCCGAUGCCUUGCCUCCUUUAGCGACAUGGAGACGUCCGCAGCAGUUCCCCAGAUGGGGGCGACCGCGGCCCUCAUCAGCCCAGCACUUAGCCGACUCUCAACUGGACACCCUCCCCGGCUAUGCAGACAGUGAUUACACAAACUGCGAAGAGGCGUGGGUAUCAAGCCACGCCAAAACGAGCCACUUUGCCCAUGAUGGACCCGGCCACAAUAGCCGGUACCACGGGGGGUUCCCUAGUGGUGAAGCAUUAAAGCAAAAAGUCAGGUUUCAACAGCGGGGAGCGCCGGCGAGCACCGACAGACUGCUUGAUAAGAAUAGAGAGAGCGGGGACGGCGAUGAGACACAAGAGAAGAGGAAGAAGGAGAAAAGAGAGAUAGAGGCAGAUGAGGGAGUCGGAGAGGCGGCGGUGGAGAAGAAGGGAGGCUUUGCACAAAUGGGACACUGUGACUUCCACCCAAUUUCACAUGAGAAUAUAGGACAAGCCACGGGGAAGGCGAAUGCGGAGGAGAUCAAGGAAAAAGUGCAGAGGAAUCUGGUAGGAAGAGAUCCCUCCUCAGACCUGCCCGGUGUUCAUGCUUGCCAAACGGGGGAAGGAGUUCCAGGCUCUGCCUGCCCAGGUUCAGCCCGGCUGCAGUGGCAGACGGGUCCCUGGUCUCAACAAGAACAGAGGCCGCAGGACGGAGAGGGUGGCAGCUGCAGUAAAGACGAGGAUGAAGAUGAUGAAGAGGAGGAUGUGGAUUUUGAAUGUUUCACAGAAGGGACAUUUAGCAGAGGCACAUAUGAUGAGAUCGAAGAUGGCACGGGACAGGUUUCCCAGAGGCCUUUAGUGCCCGUGUCUCCUGACUUCACCAUGGCGGGGUCAGAGGUGAACUGGCCCUCCACCAGCGUGGGACAGGGAAGCUCAUUGACCCCCACCUCAAGCCGCCAUUUGUCUCCAUCCUCCGCUACAUUUCCGCCACCCUCUUCACCCCCGACUCCGUCUUCGUCCUCCUCAGUGUCCCUCGCCGGUGCCCCCUACACAGGCAAAGUCCACUUCUGCCACUGCGGCAAAGCCUACACACUGAAGAGUAUGCGUGACCGGCACGUGAAGAUGCAGCACCUCAAUCUACGGCCCUUUGGCUGUCCUGUUUGCACAAAGUCCUUCAAGAUGAAGCACCAUCUAACCAAGCACCUUAAGACUCACGGAGGGCUGCGGCCCUAUGAGUGCGGCCUGUGUGGGAAGAAAGUCAUUUGGAGAGACAGCUUCCUCAGGCAUCAGGCCCGAUGCGAGAGACUCGCCUCCAGCUCCUCAGCGAACAGCAACAACGCGAGCGCAGCUGCAGCGGAUAUGGACGACAGCUUCAGUUAUGGAUUUGAAGACGGGGAGGCUUUUCUCACAACGGGAGGACAGGUGAAAGUCGAGGCGGUGGAUUUUCACGGGGAGAUGGAGGACGGGAUGCGUGGCCUGUUGGGCAGUGUGUCUGGGAUUGUGGAUGAGCUAAGAACUCAGUCACAAAACUUGGACACCAAUAGUCACGUUUUUAAAGAGGAGGCGAGUGAGAGCUUUAGCGGAAAUUAAAUGUUUGAUAAAUACAUACAAGAAGGUCAAUGAAUUACAUGAUGACUUUAAAAGCCUACGGACACAAAUAUCAUUGAAGGCUUCUUUGAGCAGCUGCUUUUGUUUUAUCCUUUUUAUGUGGAUUCUUUUCAUGUCAUCGAUAUUUUGAAAAAAAAAGGAACAGUCACAUGCUUCAUUCAAGUGAUCCUUUUUAAUUUGUGCAGUGCCACGUAGCCUCAGUUCUUGUUUAGUGAUGCUGUAAACUGUACAUCUGUGUGGUGAAUGUACUUCUUGAGCCCGAUUUAAAGUUAAUUUGCAUUUUGCACAUAAAUUAUUUGCCAUUGAGCUGCAUUAGAAAAUAAAUACAAGAGUAUAAAAAUA